GUGUAACUGUGGACAAUGAAUACGAAAAAGAGAAAUAAAAACAAAUCAAGUAAACCUCCAACUCCAAAUCCUUCUCAAAAAGAUGAUGUUCCUGUGGAUACUGAAACAAUAGAGAAAAAUGUGGAAGAAAAAACUGAAAUUAUUAUCAAAAGUGAAGAACGCGUCCCAGAAAUUAUAAGUGAAAUUAUACCUCCUAUUGAAGCUAAAGUGUCUGAAGAUGAUACUCCAAAAAAGCCCAAAAGAAACAGAGGUAAGAAGAAAAAAGGAGACAAAGUUCAUGAAAGUGAUGAAAUAUCAAGAGAAAGAAGCGCCGAACCUUCGACAGAAUCCCAUAAAAGCAAAAUUAAUGUAGACAAAUCUACCGAUGAAACUACAGCUAAUGCUCCUGAAAUACCAGUCACUCCAGUAGCUAGAAAAAAGAAAAACAAGAAUAAGAAACAGCUAGAACAACAGCUUGAAAAUAAAGAUGAACAUAAGCUAAACAUUGUGCCGAUUAGUAAAGAAGAGUUCAUGCCUGAUUUGAAAAUAGUAAACCUUGUACCUGUUGCUACCGAUGGCUCUGAGGACGGUAAAUCAAAGAAGAAGAGCAAAAAGAAGAAGCGGCUCGAUUCUGAAAAAUCUGAUAAGGCAGAGGAAGUACUCAGUUGUACUGCUGCUUUCCAAAAACUACUUGAGCCUAAAGACGAUGGAAAAGACAUCAAGAAAGAUGAACAAGUUGACAUAAAAUUGUCAGUAUCCCAAGACACCCCAAAAGAACAAGAACAAACUGUUGUAAAUAUUGAAAUCAAGGAGGGAUCGUGUACAUUACACAUGUUAGACGAACCAAAUCAACCCGUCAAAGAAGAGGGUAAGAGCAAGAAGAAAAAUAAAAAAGAUAAGAAGUUUCCACCAAAAUCUGAAACUGAAGUUACAGCAUGUCCUAAGUUUGAAUCUUGUGUAGAGAAUCUUGAGAUUUUCAAACCAGUUGAUAACCCAGAAGAUAAGUCGGAAAUCGGUGCUCUAAAAGGAGAUAUAUUAAUUGACGAAGGGAAAUCUCCAACGCUUGAAAUGAAACAGGUGAUCCCCAAAACUACUGAAGAAAAGUCCCUAAAGACACCCGAUACUGACAUACAAGUGCAACAAAUAGAAACUGCUAAAAUUACGGAGACUAAAACUAUUGAAAAAAGUCCAUCUGCAAUACAACCGCCUCCAAUACAAAUGGAAAAGGAUCCUAAACCAAAAGCAAAGAUUGCAAAACCUGUUGGCAAAAAACUAAAAGAGAUGAGUGACAAUCAAUAUAUAGAAGAUGUAAGUCACAAUAUUGAAGUAAUACCAAAAAAAGAUGAAGAAAUAGCGACGAAAACAAUGGGAACACCAACCACUGAGUUAAAUAUCGAAGUUACUGAAUCUCAAAAAAAUACAGAGCAAUUACCAGAAAUCUCAAAAGAAGAAGUUAAAAUAGAAACUGAGAUGAAAUGUGAGGCACAAGAAUCAAAAACUGAUAAACAGCCAACUGAACAAAUGCAAGUCCCUCAAGAAAAGAGAAAGAAACGCAAAAAAUCUCCAAAGCCCUCAAAAGUAACGCAUACUUCACUUGACGUAAAAAGUGAAUUUGAUGAUAUUAUUCCUAAGGAGGACAUGGUGGAAAAAAGUGAAGAAAAAGUUAUUAAAACUGAAGAGACUGUUUUAGAAACUAAACUUGAAAUUAGUGAAGCACCAGUUACGAUUGAGCCUGUAGAAAUGGUAUUAACUCAGACUUCACCUCAAGCACAGUCAGCACUAAUGACGAGUAAAGAUAAUAUGAAACCAGUUGAAGAACAAAAACACGUUGAAAAUGUGUUUGAAAAUAUCAUAGCACCAGCUUUGCCGCCUCGAAGUAAUAACGAAGAAAAAGACAAACUAUUUGAAAUUUCUGAGCAGAAACAGGAACCAAUUAAGGGGGAAGUAAUACCUCCUAGUUUUGUUAAAGAGCUACCCAGCCAAAGCAAACCAGUAGAGUGUCUGGACGUUUCUGAAAUGCCAAUGCAAACUAAAGAUACACAAAUGCUAAGUGAUGUAUCAAAAUUUGAACAAAUGCCUUUGCCACAAAGCGGAAGUGGUAAAAAGCGAAAAAAGUCACCUAAACCAAAAAAAAAUGAUUUUACUCCAGAACAGUCGGAAUUAAAGGAACAGAAAACUACUGUAACGGUAAAAGAUUCCACAGAUAAUAUUCAAGAGAGCAAAGAAUCUUUAGACCUCCCACUUCUUGAAGAUAUAGAAAACAGAGGUGGAAAUGUAGAAGAAUCCGGUUUGAUCUGUGACAUUGUGCCCGAAGUCCAUCAUCCUAGAGCAACAAGUCUUGAUAAUAACAACAAUAUGGUUAUAAGAGAAGUCACUUUGAGUGAUGUAGAUAAAUUAAACAUUCCUAUUGUAACACCUGAUACGCCAUUCAUUCAGGGUUCCGGUGAAAGUCCUAUACCUGAAAUUUCGUCUACUGACAUUACAAUAACAGAGGUCGACACAAAGUCAAAUCCUGAAGUAAAGACUGAUUUGAAAUCAAAAGUUGUUGAAGUUAAUAAGGAUAUGGAAGAAUUAAGACAAUCCAUUGAAAGAUCGUUGGCAGAGUUAACUGCAAUGGAGAAAAGUGAAGAGCAAACUGAAAUGAAAUUUGAACAAGCUCAGGCUAAAAUUGAAGCUAUAAGAAGCUUAGCGUUAAAACAAGAAACUUCAGUAAGCAAAGAAGAAACUGCAACUAAGGAAAGUGAUUCUAAUAUAAUACCUAAGUCAGGAACAGAAGUAACAGAAGUGAUAGAACAGCAAGCUCUAGCCUCUACAUUUGAGGAGCAGAAGUGUAUAAAAAAAUUGGAUCAAUUUAAAACAGAGCAAAUUCAAACUGAUGUAAAUACAAGUACAACUAAAACAGAAUCAUUACCAGUUCCAAUUAAAGAAAAAACUAUAGAAAUCAAAGAACAUAUACCGAUUGAAAACGUUCCUUUACAUAUCUCUACUCCCCCUCCGCCACCUAGAAAAGAUAAUAAAGGGAAAAAUAAAAGAAAGAAGGGAAAACAAGAAGCAGAACAUGUAACUAGUACUCAAAGUGCUACCGAAACUAUAACAAGUACUGCAAGUAGUGAAACUAAAGAAUCAAAAACAGAAGAUUCGAAAAACAAAGAAAAAGCUGAGCAAAAAUCUGAUUCUAAGGAAGAGAAAGGUAAACAACAGUCAGCUUCUUUCGAAGAUAAUACAACACAAGCACAAGAUUUAAAACUACCUGGUUUGAUGUCUGGAGAAUUUGAACCUAUAGAAAACUUUGAAGACGCUUUAACGUCUAACGAUAUAACAGAAGAUGUGAAUAAAACUUUUGAAAUGAUUGCCAGUGAAGUUGACUCUAGUGUUGUACAAAACAAUCCAGACAUAAAUAUAGAAGCACCUACAGAAGACGAAGAAAAAAAAGAUGAAAAUGAAAAAGUAAACCCAGUUUCGCAGCCAAAAAACUUGCUAGGCCACCCCGACAUUCCUGCACGAUUGAAUAGAACUGAUUACAAAAAAGAAAAGAAUAAAACACCAAAUACGAAACAAGCUAAAGUAAAAAUAAAGGAUUCCGUUCCUAUAGAAGUAAACAAACAAUCUAAGGAGUCACAGACGGAAAACAAAAGGCGAUUUUUAAAAGACAAAACAAUAAUUGAAACGGUUUCGUCGGUAAUAAGCGAUAACGAAGAAUAUAUUUAUAAAUAUAGUUUUAGAAGAGUUUUCCUGCCAAGUGCCUGCCAUACAUGCAAAAAGGACUUAAGAUUUGGGAGAUCUCCAUGCAAUUUUUGCAACCUUAUUUUUUAUUGUGGACCAAAACAUAGGGAUGAAGAUUACCCACAGCAUCAAGCCUUGUGUUUCGCUGUAUCAACCAUUGCACAUUUGAAGGAACAAAAACACCUAUACGGCGACGCUCAAGGCAUAACAGGCCAGAACUACCGGCUCCUCCGAAUGCAGAUGAUAGUCUCAUGUGAAAAGGUGCUCAAAAGACGUCUGGUGCCGUGGGAGCAGGAGGCCUUGCUGUAUCCCAGAAUAUGCGCUGAUGUAGAUUGCAGGGAAUGGAGACAAGGGAAGUUGGAGGAUUGUGAAGGGUGUGAACAGAUAGCCUAUUGCGCAGACAACCCAAACCAUCUCCCAAAGACACACCAGCGUUGGUGCAAAUCCUAUUCACUUUACCAGAAGCUGGUGACGUACCAGCAGACCAGUGGCCGGUUGGAGCCGAAGCUGCCUGGCAAGGUCAUGACCGAGGCCUAUCAGAUCCCAGAAAAAAUGAAUGAGAUACUAGCUACUAUGUAUGAGGAAAGGAUUGAUAUGAACGAUAUCCAAUAUGCCGCACUGACUCAAAUUGCCACAGCGCCCUUGACAGCAGCUUAUUGCUAUCAACUUUAUGCCACCAAGAUUGGCAGUGCCACUGAUAUGGCCAAGAAAUCCACUUUCACAAUCCACGUAGUCGGCGCAGAGCUGCAAUUCGAAGCUGAUGCUCUUCACAAGUGGGAAGUCUUCUUCCUUCAUCUAAAACGCGACGUCAAGGACCUUCGCUUGGUGCUAAUUGGGUCGGAGCUGAACCCUUCGAAUCUACCGCUGGAUUUACUAGCUAAGAUUAAGUUGUGUGAGAGCUGUCGGCAAGACAAUCGUCGCAUCAUAUUCGACUUCCAAGACAAGAAAACUUACCACGAAUACUGGUCUACUGACUUCACUACCCCUGAUUUGGUUUGUGCCUUCAAUCCGAGUAUUCAACGGUCAUCAGUUUACAACGGAAAGGACACGUGGCCGUCGACAAUAAAAUGCAUCACGAAGCAAAAAGUUCCUUUUGUUGUUACUUCUUACACGUUGGAAGAACUCAGGAGGGAUUUGGCGAAAAUUGAACAAUGUUCAGAAGUGGAAAUAAACAUGAUAUCCGAACCUACGUAUAAUCCCUUUUCAAGUGUUAGACCGGACAGAAAUUUCAUUUCGGAUGACGAGAUGCCGUUGUUGUUUAAGAAUUUCUGUUAUUCGGUUGUGUGUGGUAGUGUUUGAUUUUGUUUGUUUGAAUAUAUUGUUGUUGAA